GAAGCGAUAUGACACCGAGGAUUCGCGAAUUUGAACCAUGAAGAAAGGCUAGCCGCAGAACUGGCGUAGCUAAAACAAAACCCCCACUGAUGCUCGUCUGGUCCCGACCAUGGCAGCAGCACCACUACUCGGCAGAGCCAUCAUCCCUCACCUCCGCCUCCACCUCCACCUCCACCUCCACCUUAAUACAACGCUUCCGGCUGCCGUCUGUUUCCUGAUACGGAGACCCUGCUACACGACAACGGCCUCAGAGUCUCCCCGGCCGAUAAGGAAGGUACCUUCCACUACUACUUACGAUGAUAAAGCCUCCUUAUUAAGCACAAAACGUCAUCCACCGAAGGACUCCAGAUGGGAGAAUGAUCCUGAUUAUCGCAAGUGGAAGGAUAAAGAAGCGGAGAUUCUCCUAGAAGUCGACCCUAUCACUCUCCUAAUCAAAAAUAUCCUCCACUCCGACAGGUAUAUGGAUGGGGAAAGACUUACACCAACAGACGAGAAAAUGGUGGUUGAGAAAAUUCUUGCUUAUCAUCCUCACUCGGAAGAUAAGAUUGGUUGUGGCCUUGAUUCUAUUAUGGUUGAUCGACAUCCACAAUUUAGAAACUCAAGAUGCCUAUUUGUUGUGAGAACGGAUGGUGUAUGGAUCGACUUCUCUUACCAAAAAUGCAUUCGAGCUUACAUUCGACAAAAAUACCCUUCGCAUGCUGAAAAAUUUAUCAAAGAACAUUACAAGCGAAGUAGUAGUUGACCACCACCACCACUAGCCGCCGCCGUUGCCGCCACCGAUGGUGGUAGAUUUCACAUACAUUUUGUCAAUGGUAGUAGAUAAUAGUAGUUGAAAUUGGAACAAUAUAGGGUGGAAAAUGAUUGAAGUUGAAAGAUGUAAUUUUGUUGACUUGUGUUGAUUGAUGUUUGUUUGUUUGUCUUUAUGCCAUAAGUAUAUGAUUUCCUCA